GCAGGCAGCCCCGAGUGCGUGCAGCUGCUGAUCGAGGUGGGCGCCAACCUGGAGGCGCACGACUGCCACUUCGGGACCCCCCUGCACGUGGCCUGCGCCCGCGAGCACCUGCGCUGUGCCAAGCUGCUGCUGCAGGCAGGCGCCAACGUGAACGCGGCCAAGCUGCACGAGACGGCGCUGCACCACGCGGCCAAGGCCCGCAACGCCGCCCUGGUGGAGCUGCUGGUGGAGUUUGGGGGCAACAUCUACGCCCGGGACAACCGCGGCAAGAAACCCUCGGACUACACCCGGAGCAGCGGCCCCGCGGCGCGGUGCUGCGAGUUCUACGAGAGGACGCCGCUGUCUCUGCUGCAGCUGUGCCGCCUCUCGGUCCGCAGAGCCGCCGGCCGCCGGGGCCUCCCCGCCAUCGCCAAGCUCCAGAUCCCGCCCCGGCUCAUCCGGUACCUGUGCUACAACUGACGGAGCCGGGAAAAACAUGGAAAAACAUGGAAAUCCUGGAAUUCUCCUGCUCUUCUACCUCCCAACCCCCGUGUUCACUGAACCCCAGGCGCUGCUGUAAAUAGGAUUUGUCGGGA